AUGGAUGAUGAAAAUAAUGUUAAAUUCACUGCUCAAGAUUUAUAUGAUAAUAAAGCUGACAAGAACCAUACACAUAAAUCCUUCACUACUGUUAGAGCAGACGACAUAAUAUUGAACUUUGACCUUGGUUCAAGUGCACCUUUAGAAAAUCCAAGUACAAGCGUAAAAGAUACUCUUAACAGUUUAGAUAACAGUUGCAGGAAUAUCGAAGAUCAUGCCAGAAACUUUGAAGCACAUGAACUACCAACAAUGUUAGAUAAGAAAGCUGACAAAACAGAGCUUCAAACAUUAAAGACUGAAAUACUUCAAACAUUAUAUCCUAUAGGCUCUAUUUAUACGUCAAUGAACUCAACAAAUCCAGCAAGUGUUUUAGGUUUUGGUACGUGGGAACAGAUUGUAGAUAAAUUCCUCUAUUGUGCGAACUCUUCAAAGCAAACAGGUGGUUCGAAGAAAAUUAAAGAAGCAAACCUUCCACCGCACACUCAUACAGGAACUACAAACUUUUCUGGUGACCAUAGUCACUCAUUAAGAGACCAUCCAUUAUACAACUCAGAAUAUUAUGCUGGCAAUGACGUUUUAUCUCCAGAUUAUAACCAUACAGCAAAAAAGACUUUUCGACCAACUGAACCAGGAGGAAAUCAUUCACACACUUUCACAACAAAUUCAACAGGCUCGGAUGAAGAUUAUAUGCCACCAUUUGUGACUGUAUUCGCAUGGUACCGCGUUCAAUGA